AAGACAUCUUCAACAUAAAAAAAUAACUAAAUCCAUGGCUAAAUGGGUAGUUUAUGAAUGUAAAAGUUAAUAAAGGACUAACCUUCAUGGUAGAUUCAGUGAAGCUCUUCAUCUCUUUCAUCUCCAAGACUGCAACUUUGAAACUUCCCAAACCCCAAGUCCCCAACUUUGCUUAUAUGACCAAAAAGAUUGAAACUUUAGUACUGGGCUUGGCCCAUAUACAACUAGACCAAACUGCCCUUCUACACAAACUCAACUAUAACUUGGUUCAGGAAGUUAACCAAAAAAAACUUGGUUCAGGACUUCAGGUUGAGAGUAGGCACUUUCCUAUCUCAACUGAAUCAGUAGUGAGACAUGGCAUUAGUGCUUAGAAGAGUUGCAGCUGCAUUGGGAUACACGCCACAACAAGUUCGAGUCUUGUCUCAAUUGGGCUUUGGAGCUUGUUACAGUUCAAAUGCUUGCUCUGUCUCGUCUGCAAAAUUAGGUGAUGAUGGGGAUGGAACUAGGCCUCAAGGUUUCCAAAGCUGCCCUAAUGGAGGUGGGUGUUUUCACAAGUUUGCCAGCAUUGACCCAACAGCUUUUGUGGAGUUUGGUGCUGUUGUGCAUUCGAAAGCCGUUGUGGGUGAACAUGUUUGUAUUGGUUCUGGAACUGUUAUUGGACACGGUGUCUCAGUUGGACAAUGGACGAAAAUUGGCUACAAUGUUUCACUUAGUAAUUGCAGUGUAGGAGAUUCGUGUAUAAUCCACAAUGGUGCAUGCAUCGGUCAAGAUGGAUUUGGGUUUAUGGUUAAUGAGCAUGGGACUAUGUUGAAGAAGCCUCAGAUGCUGAAUGCUAGGAUAGGGAAUUGUGUGGAGAUUGGUGCAAAUACAUGCAUUGACAGGGGAAGUUGGAGAGACACUGUCAUUGGAGAUCAUUCAAAGAUUGAUAAUUUAGUUCAGAUUGGUCAUAAUGUAGUUAUUGGGGAGAAUUGCAUGCUUUGUGGUCAAGUUGGAAUUGCAGGCUCAGUGACGAUAGGAGACUAUGUCACUAUGGGAGGAAGGGUAGCAGUUCGCGACCAUGUCUCCAUUGUAUCAAAGGUACGACUUGCUGCUACUAGCUGUGUCACGAGGGACAUAAAAGAAGCUGGAGAUUACGGAGGCUUCCCAGCUGUUCCAAUCCACAAGUGGCGAAGACAAGUUGUGAUCCACAGUCGUACAACAAAGUGGAACUCUUAGUAUUACCUGGUGCUGCUAAGCCCUUGUAUGGUGACUUGAACUUGUGAAGAAGAAGCAUAUUACUUGUAAGAAGGCUGAAUGCGUUCACAUAUAUCCUGGUAGGAAAAUGUUGCCAUUUGAACCUAACGGUACGCCAAAGAUCUGAUUACUAUAUGUAGGAGUUCUGACGAUCACUACUGAAAUUUGUUUGCUGUUCUACCUGUGUGCCAUAGAAACUACAUCUAUUUUAUCAGGGAAUUAUUUUCAGCA